CAAAAGGACUUAAUUAUUUACAUUUAUGUAACAUUGCUCAUCGUGACUUGUUAUCAAUCAAAUACAUAGGGAUUCCUAUUGUCGCAAACCUGAAUUUGAAGAAAAAUUAUAGAUUUGGUGGAGUCAUAUCAAUGGAUGAAAAUGCGAAUGAUAUUACCAAAGUUUUCGGUAUCCCUGAUUAUAAUUUGAUACUUCAUAUAUUACGUGGAAAUCGUCCCAAACCUUCAACUUUGGGAACUUCGGAAAGCUAUAAUACUUAUUCAAAUCUUUAUAAGCAAUGUUGGGCAGAGGAACCAAGCGAACGACCUGCCAUUAAAUCCGUUGUUGAUACCUAA